GGCUGGUAUUUUUAUUAUUCAUGUGUUAAAGACCAGGGACUUUAGAAAACAACCAUGGAAUUAACUGGAGAAAGUUCAUAUCCAGAUAUGGGUCAAAGCCUCUGUCCGGACCCUCACUCCGCUCAGGCCUUGGGGUGGUCCUACCUCCACAAGCCCAUCAUAGUGAUGGUGAUGGGAUCUCUGAUGUCUGCUGCAGGUGGACUCCUCUUCCUGCUCCAGUCGACGGGGGUGACUGAAGCCUCCCGCUCCGUGGCCUCAGCCUGCGUGACCAUCGGGCUGAUGUUCGUAGUGAUGGGCCUGGUGUGGAUCCCCGUAUUGAAGGAGAAGCAGAGGCGGAAAGGGUUCAGCCUGGGGGCUUGAACCGCACACGAAGAUGGGACUGAGCUCAUGAAGUAUUGAAGAAAUUUGAGGGAGCUGUGGAUGUUAAGUGGCAGAUAUUUCUAUUGUUCAUGUGUUAAAGAUUCUUAGACAAAAGGGGAACGAGGCAACAUUGGAUGAAACUGGAAAGACUUAAUUUCCAAAGCCUAUAUGUGGUGCUAUACAUCCACAAACUCAUUGUGUGGUGUUGGAAUCUGUGAUGUCUGCUGCAAUUGUCGGGGGUGACUGAGGCCUCCCGCUCUGUGGCCUCAGCCUGCGUGACCAUCGGGCUGAUGUUUGUCAUGAUGAGCCUGGUGUGGGUCCCUAUACUGAAGAAGAAGCAGUGGCGGUAAUGGUUCAAGCCCCCAGGAUGAACCGUUCAGAAGAUGGGAAUGACCCCUUGAUGUGAAAGUUGUAACACUGUUAUUGUCGCCGAUGACGCAACCUAGAAACGUUCAAUGAAGUCGCAGAGCUGGUGCUGAUAACCGCUUGUGUACAUUGUACUUUGACCAGAGUCACAGGAGGUUGUUUCAUGUGUUUCUGUCAAGUACAAUCACGCACACCUCACUGUCCUGCACCUGCUGCUUCAGACCUGCUCCCACAUCUGGAUUUUGGUUUGGAGGACCUCCACUGCCACCAUGUCAACAUCUGUCCAGGUCGAGCCCGUCACUGAGAAUAGCUACGAAGGAGUCGGUCGCUGCAAGUGCUCCUUCUGGUUCGCCGUGGCCCACGACAUACUCGGCGUGUUCAUCAUGAUGGUGGGGGUGUUCGGAGGCCUGGUGAUCCACGACCUGUUCAUCUACGCUGGGGCCAUCGUCAUCUUCCUUAGCCUGAUCUGGUGGGUGUUCUGGUACUCUGGCAACAUCGAGGUGCCGCCGGAGGAGCUGGAGGAUGACGUGGGCAUGACCAAGCUGAGAAACCGGAGCCUCGGCCGGGCGGUGAGGCGCAUGUCCAGCCGCUUCAGGAACUCUUUCAGGAAGAGCAGCAGGAACACAGACGUGGGGCUCGCCACUAUAUAUGACAACACCAUCUCCUCAACACCUAAACAACUCGAGAGAGAGACACUGUCAAUAUGAGCUCAUCCAUCCCGGUCAAAGAGACAAUGAACUUUAUGUUUGUUUCAUUUGUUCGUCUGUUUCUUCUGCUGAAAAUGUUUCUGUUUUUGCUCCAGUAAUGAUUAUACAGCAGUAAAGUCGUGUGUAGAUAAGACCCACAUGUUCUUAUCUCACUGAUAAAAGGAAAACUUUGCACAAUGUUACUCUGAUUCAGACACCACAGCUUUCUAAUCUGUUGUUUUUAGUCGUGUUUGGUUGAUUCACAGACUUUGAAAAGUUUCUGCUUAUUUAUUUGAUGUAUAAAUGUAAAUUAAAAUGUCAUUAUCUCUAUUGAUUGUAUUAUGUAUUAUCAAUCUUUGUGGAAAUGUUAACAUCACUGGUUGUUGAAAUAUUUGUGAUGUCACUAAUCGUGCUGGAGGGUGCGUGUUCCAAACUGAGAUCUCAGAGGAAAACAAAUAAAUGUUAAAUGGAUCUUUUCUAGUCUUGAUGACCACUCAAAGUGCUUCACCCGUUUACACACACAUGCAGACAGUGCAGCACUCUAUCAUAAAUCAAUCUCACACACACACACAGCGGCUCAGUGUCUUGCCCUAAGACAGUCACAAGGAAUGGAAGAACAGGGGAUUGAACCACUGACCUUCUGAUUAGUGGACGCCCCGCUCUACCUCCUCAGCAACAGCCGGUCAAAUAAAUCUACUUCUUUUGCAAAGGCUGAUUAAGCAUUUUUGACCUCAUCCAUUUAUAACAGUGUGUGACUUAAAUCAAUAGAUUUUGUAAACAAUCAA